CCAGCAACCAGGAAAUCAAGGACAGAGUGCUCCCAGCUGCUCCCUCCUAUGUUUGUUCAUCUCUGCCCUCUCCAACAAAGCCAACAAAGGAAGCAAUGGCUACCAAGAGUGCUUCCUCAGAAAUCAUAGCAAGACAAAGAACGAAGUUGCUUAAUGUCCUCCAGCAAGACCCCGACUCUCUCUUGGACACGUUAGCCUCUCAGAGCCUAAUUUCUGAGGACGAGUACGAGAUGCUAGAGCAGAUUCCAGAUCCCCUGAAGAAAAGUCGGAAGCUGUUAAUUGUGAUCCGGAAGAGAGGAGAGGAGAGUUGUCAUUGUUUCCUCAGGUGUUUGUCUGACAUGUUCCCAGAGGCAGCUGCCACUUUGGACUUAAAGCAUGAAGUCGCACAGCAGGGGGCUGAAGCGGCUGUGGGAGUGAGCAGGGGUUCAGCAGACACCUUUUCCCUUGGGAGGAGAACUCUGGAGAAUGGAGAAAUUGCACUGCUCUCUGAAGAGAAAGAAUGUGUCCAUUGGAAAAGUAACAAUGGGGAAACUUCAGGAUCCUCCAGGGAGAAUCAGGAGGGGUGUGGCACACCACAAAUCAUGGCCUCGCAUUCAGUUGGAAGAGCUGAAUAUGACAUUCCAACGAGUAUCACUUACUUAAAUGAUGAGCAAAGAUACGAGGAGCCAGACGAUUCUCUGUACUUAGCAGAAGGGGAAUAUCAAGAGUCUGUUGGGUACCCGGAAGAUAUCGAGACCCUUGUGGAGGAAGGGGCCUCAGAUGACCUACAGUGCUUUGUAUAUGAUGGCGAAGAGGAAGAGGAGCAGGAGGAUGAAGAAACCAUGGGGUUUUCAGAUGAAGAAACCAUGAGAUUUUCUGAUGAAGAAGGUAGCUACGAGGCUCCAGAGAGCGGCAUUUCAUUGGAAGAAGAGGAGGAGGAGAACACUGAAGGAAGAAAAAGAGUGUUCCACCAUGUCCUGUCCUGUUUGAACAUGGACAGAAGCAGAAAGCUUCUCCCAGACUUUGUGAAGCAAUUUUCCAUAGACCGACCAAGUGAGUGGACACCUGAGACUCCGGGAGACUUAGCUUGGAAUUUCCUGGUGAAAGUGCAGGCUUUAGACUUGACAGCCAGAGACUUUAUUCUUAAGCCCAAGAUGGUGGAUGAAGAGAGCAACGAGGAGUUGCUGGCUGGGAUAGAGAAUUUAGAAAUUGGAGACAUACAAACCAUCAACCCCCUUGACGUCCUUUGUGCCUGCAUGCUUUGUUCAGACAGCUCUCUGCAGCGUGAAGUCCUGUCAAACAUGUACCAGUGCCAGUUCGCUCUUCCCCUGCUGCUGCCAGAUGCAGAAAGCAACAAAAGCAUCUUAAUGCUGGGGGCCAUGAGAGACUUACAGCAGCACCCAGCGCAGUCCUCAGAGGGCCCCCCCAGGGAAACAGAAGCAUUUCUGAGUCUCAGGAAGAUGCCUGUCAUCUCUUUUGUGCGGCUAGGACACUGUAGCUUCUCCAAGUCCAGAAUCCUUAACACAUUGCUCAGCUCCUCCCCACAGAAACCGCACAAAAUCUUUCUCCAUCAGGAUCCGUCCGUUCCUGUGCUUCCUCGGCAAAUUUCUGAUGGCCUGGUGGAGGUGACAUGGUGUUUUCCUGACAAGGAGCUAAGGGGAAAUCCUCAUAUUUUCCAAAAGCCUGUUGCUGUGACCAACCUUCGCGGAGAUCUUGAAAGCUUUUGGACUCAAUUUGGUUUCCUGGUGGAAGUUUCCUCAGCCGUGUUCUUCCUCACCGACUGCCUUGGUGAGAGGGAAUGGGACUUGCUCACGUGUUUAGGGGAAGAUGCUAUUGAAAGAUGCUACUUUGUCCUUGGUCCCCAGGCCAAGGAGAGUGAAGAGGCUCAGAUUUUCCAAAGGAUCCUGAGACUGAAGCCAUCCCAGUUACUGUUUUGGGAAGUGGAGGAAGCUGGGGAUAGAAGGAAGACGAUGGAGGCCCUUCAAGCUGCCCUCCAGGAAGUGAUGUCCUCUUCGCUUAGAUAUGUGUCCCUAGAAGAUAUGGCCUCUCUGGCCAGGGAGCUGGGCAUUCAGGUAGACCAAGACUUUGAAAUUCCUCAAGAUAUUCAACUUUCCCCCAGUACGACUGGAGGUGAGAGCCAGCAAACAUGUAGUCAGACAAAAAGCCCAUCUGAAAGCCGAGCUCAGGUGCCAGUCAGAGAGCCUGGAAUGCAAUGUGAGGACAGGCAGAAUGCUCAGAAUCUGCACCAGACUCCAGUGUUCGUGCCUCCACCAGUACACCCGUGGCCCCUGCCGACCACAUUUGGAAGUAACUUUUACCAUGGGCCGUUGAGAGCCCCUUGGGUUCUGAGCCCCCACUUUGGGUCACAGCAGAGGGCUAAGUGGUUCUAUCCUUUGCCCCAUCAGAAUACAAGGGUACGUGGCAGAGGGAAAAGCUUUGAUCCUCGGAACUUCCGACCCUGGAGAUUUUAUUCAGGGCAAGGAUUCAUGAAAAUUUCAGGAGCUUCUCGGGGGCAUCAUUCGAGUGGAACAUUUGGGAGGUCACAAAGACAAAUUCCUCAUGUGCGGAACCAUCCUGAGAGCCCACAGGUGGUCUCUCAUGUAGAUCACUCACAUUCUCUGGGCUGGCAAGCAAGAACAGUAGCAGGGAAGCUGCAGGCUGUGAAAGCCUGUGCCCAGGGGUUGCAGCUGAGUGAAGACACUAGAAACCCUGUGAGGACAACAUCGCAUAGUAAGUACCCUCACCCUCCGUCCUGUCAGCCAGCAGGAGCCAUUCAAGAACCAAAAAUACCUGUUCGUCAUCAAGGAUCUCAAAGGAUUAAACAGGGAAGGCCUUCAGAUUCAGCUUUCCAGCCAGGCUCUCAGUCCACAUCUGAGAGUAAACUUUCAUCUACUUGCCAGUUCAACUCCCAUCAACCCAAGUUCCAGGUCAAACACUUUGAGCCUAAGCCCAUUCAACCUCAGAAAAAAACCCCUCAUCCCCAGCUUUCCCAAGCUAAAGCCCCUCAUUCUCAGCCUUCCCAAACUAAACCCAGUCAUCCCCAUCCUUCCCAAGCUAAACCCAGUCAUCCCCAGCCUUCCCAAGCUAAACCCAGUCAUCCCCAGCCUUCCCAAGCUAAACCCAGUCAUCCCCAUCCUUCCCAAGCUAAACCCACUCAUCCCCAUCCUUCCCAAGCUAAACCCACUCAUCCCCAGCCUUCCCAAGCUAAACCCAGUCAUCCCCAGCCUUCCCAAGCUAAACCCACUCAUCCCCAGCCUUCCCAAGCUAAACCCACUCAUCCCCAUCCUUCCCAAGCUAAACCCAGUCAUCCCCAGCCUUCCCAAGCUAAACCCACUCAUCCCCAGCCCUCGCAAGCAAAACCCUCCCCAUCCACAUCUACUCAGUUCAAGCCACAUAGACCCCAAUCUAAGCCUUUUCAACCUAGAUCUACUCAGCAUACAUCAUCACAGACUAAACCUUCUCAGGCCAAGGCCCACUACCCACGGGCAGGAAAACGUUGAAGAACAUAUUCCAGAGACCCCGGAAGUAUGUUCUUUGCUUAGGCUAUUUUUCUCAUGUAACAGUCUGAAGAAAAGUUUCAGUGAAUGACUGAUAAAAUGAGCAAAAUCACAAUAAAAAUUAUGCAAAGUCUAAGUGCACAGCAAAGUAAAUCACAGUACUCUUUAGACAGAAGCAGUCAGAUCUCUGUGUGCCUGAGGCCAACCUGAUCUACAUCAUAACAUAGAAAGUUCUAGAUCAGCCAGAGUACAUGAGAUCUGGCAGAGUGGGAGGAGGGAAGAGCUGGGGAUGGACUUGAUCUUCGUAUACAUGUUUGAGAUUGUCAAAUAAAAAAUGCAAGGUGGAAAAAGAAUAGGACCUAAGGAUAUAUAAAUCAAUUGAAUCCAACCUUCCUUACCAAGCAAUGUGUGAUUUGACCCCAGGGGAUGGAGUCUUGGGCAUAGCCAUAUUUGUGAGGAAUGGAAUUACAGUAUAAUUGCAAAGUAAUAAAAAUAUGGAGCUAAAAUUGUCUGUGUUGAAGAAAAACUGCUUCUGAGGUGCCUUGGUUUUGGGUUUAUUAUCAGCCAUUGAGCCAAGACCCUGCACUGUUGGUUAGUUAAUAAGCUUGCUUGACUACUAGCCCCAAUUUUCAUACCUGAUAAGACUAUCUCACUUGGCUCUUACAUACAGGAAAACAAUGAAUGUUUAUCAAAACACAUCAUUUUAUAUAAACUUUGGAACUGAUUUUUAUAGAUUUCAUACUUUGUAUACAAUAGCAAAGAAAAUUUAGCUAAUUAGAGGUCCUGAUAUUAUGAGUUUAAUUAAUUGAAAUUGCUAUAGAGAUGAAUACUUUACAUUGGUAUGGGUCUUGGUCUACUGA